CAUACUCCUUAAAAAUUUACAAAACCCAGCCAAAGUAUACCUCAGUACUAUUUCACUGCCAAAACCCUCCCACCAAAAACACAAAGCAGAAGCAACAACAAUGGAGGGCGUCUCGUACCAGAGAUUCCCAAGGAUCAAAAUCCGUGAAGUUAAAGGCGACUACAUGAAAUUCGAGCUGCGCGACACCGACGCCAGCAUAGCCAACGCGCUUCGGCGCGUGAUGAUAGCAGAAGUCCCAACAAUCGCCAUUGACCUCGUUGAAAUCGAGGUCAAUUCCUCGGUCCUCAACGACGAGUUCAUAUCUCAUCGUCUGGGGCUCAUCCCGCUCACUAGCGAACGCGCAAUGAGCAUGCGUUUCUCGCGUGACUGUGACGCGUGUGACGGUGACGGACAGUGCGAGUAUUGUUCCGUUGAGUUUUACCUCCGUGUCAAGUGCCUUAGUGACCAGACGCUUGAUGUUACUAGCAAGGAUUUGUUGAGUUCGGAUCAUACUGUUGUUCCUGUCGAUUAUUCUGAUGCUUCCUCCGGUUUUGAUAAUUCUACCAAUAAGGGAAUAAUAAUUGUGAAGCUACGACGUGGGCAGGAGUUAAGGCUAAGAGCAAUAGCACGAAAAGGAAUUGCCAAAGAUCAUGCGAAAUGGUCUCCUGCAGCAACUGUGACUUUCAUGUAUGAACCAGAUAUCUACAUCAAUGAGGACAUGAUGGAGACCUUGACUCUCGAGGAGAAAAGAGAAUUAGUAGACAGUAGUCCCACGAAAGUCUUUGGCAUUGAUCCUGAAAACAAGGUUAUUGUUGUUGAUCCUGAGGCAUACACUUAUGAUGAUGAGGUGCUUAAGAAAUGUGAAGCCAUGGGAAAACCUGGACUUAUAGAGAUACAUGCCAAGGAAGAUAGUUUUAUUUUCACUGUUGAAACGACUGGCGCAGUUAAAGCUUCACAAUUGGUACUCAAUGCAAUAGAAGUGCUGAAGCAGAAAUUGGAUGCAGUACGCCUUUCAGAUGACACCGUGGAAGCAGAUGAUCAGUUUGGAGAGUUGGGUGCACAUAUGCGCGGAGGGUAAAACCGCAUUGGUCAAUUUGAACUUCCUCACUUGUUAAAACUGUUGAUGUUUAAUAUAUGUCUUGUAAGGACAAGAAAUCCAUGAACUACUUAACACAUUUUCCCUUUAGGACUUACCUUAACUGGUGAUGGAAAUGUAGGAGACUGCUUUUGUUUGUUGAAAGUAAAUGGUUUUUUCCCAUCUUGUACUGAUACAAUUUUGUUGGAUAUCGUAUCUCAAUGGAUCAUCAAUUCCACCUA